UGGCCGCGGCGCCGCGCCGCACGGGGCGAGAUAGACGAGGAGAGAUAGAAGAGAAAGGCAGAGAGAAGGGAAGAGAAGCGGUCUGCGCGUAACCGGUCCGCGCUUUAUCCGCGGCGAACGCAGCAAAGUCAUCGCGCAAGCGCGCCGUGGCAAAGUGUCCCCCGCAGGAUCAUUUCGCGCCGCGACGCCGAGCGGCAGGCCUCAUCCGCGCCGGCGGCUGGUCCAUGCGGGUUCAACGUCGUCGCGCGGGAGGACGACGACGACGACGACGGCGACGACGAUCGCAGAUGCGUACGAUGACGCUCGUUCGGCAGAGUCUUAACGCGAGUUAAUCGGAAAUAAAACGUGACUCGGAUCAACUCGAUUGCCGAUCGAAUGCGGCCGACGCGCGCGUUCCGGCCAGAGGAUGCUGCGCCUGAGACAGGGCACUCGCGGAUCGCGCGUCGCGACGCUCGUCCAGGCGGAAGCUCCACGUGAGCGCGGCUGUCAUCGGGGACGCGUGCAGGUGCACCACGGCCGCGCGAGAGCGGCCGCGGGACCAUCGUCUGUGAGCAUUUAGACCUUGUUGCCGUGGAUUACCGUCGAGGAUUUACGAUCGAUACGCGCGUACUCUCUGACAAUACCGCUGAUAUAUUGCGGCAUCCGCGUCCUACGCUCGAGCAGCUCUCACGAAGCUCUCAUGCAUUCAGAGUUGAUGGUUCUAACGAAAUCAUGCCAUUGCAGUGGUGAAUGAUUAAUAUCCCCUUCGGGUGUUAAUCGUGGUGUAAUUUCUCUCUAUCGAAACGUAUAUGUUUAUGCAAAAGUUAAAAGUGAAGUACGGAACACGUGUAUGGUUUUUGGGGUGAAAGCCCAAGUGUCUAUGCUGUUUUCGAGAAGACACUAUACUCGAUUUGGCAAAGAGAAGGAAAGCAACUUCGUUUUCAUUGUGGGAGAUACGUCGCACAGUGGACGCAGCGAUAGACGUAAUAAAAGAUCGAUGACCACACAUUGUGCAUCGCGAUAGCGAGUACUGGUAAUAAGCCAAGGAUUGGUAGUGCAGCGAGCGCGGUUAAAAAUGCUGUGUCGCUGGCUCGCCGUGCUGGUACUCGCUGGUAUUCUCCUGAUUAUCGAGGCGAUCGCGGUCAGCCAAGGUACGUUCAUUCGCGAUCAGAGAGUUUUGAGCGGUAGUCUUGUUCAGGGGAGUCGUAACGUCAGCGGCGUGCCGGCUUUCGAAACGAAUGUGCCACGAAAUGUCACUACCGCAGUCGGUCAGACCGCCUUUCUUCACUGCAGAGUUCAUCAGCUGGGCGACAAGGAGGUGUCCUGGAUGCGCAAACGAGACAUGCAUAUCUUGAGUGCGGGCAUCCUCAUGUACACGUCGGACCUGAGGUUCCAGGUGAUCCAUCCGGACAAGUCGGAGAACUGGACGCUGCAAAUCAAGUCGCCGCAGCAGCGCGAUUCCGGCGUGUACGAGUGUCAGGUCAGCACCGAGCCGAAGAUGUCGCUCAACUAUAGUCUCAACGUGGUUGAAGCGCGAGCCAGAAUAAUGGGCCAGGCCGAUAUCUACGUGAAGACCGGAAGUCUUCUGACGUUGACAUGUCUCAUGUCGCAAGGUCCCCACGAUCUAGGAACGGUAGCUUGGUACCGAGGAAGUCAGGCGGUGGUGACAUCGUCGCGAUCAGAAAAUGACAUCGAAACGGAGCCUCGCAUAACCGUCGAGACGGAAUGGAGCGACGCCCUCACAUCAAAAUUGAGGAUCACGCAUGCGAAGCCCAGUGACUCCGGAAACUACAGUUGCGUUCCUACCGUGGCGGAGAGAGCGAGUGUCAACGUGCACGUGAUCAAUGGUGAGCAUCCGGCCGCGAUGCAGCACGGAAACACGGCAGCCGGCUCGCCCAACUCCAAGACGGUCCUGGUGAUGCUCGCUUUCCUUCUGGGCCAGCUGAGAUAAUGUGCGUGUACACGAAGGUCGCCCGGGACUUGUAAAAUCGAUGGACGUAUCGCAAAAUGAUCGUCCACACAUCCUAAAUGUUAACCCUUCCGCACAGACCGUCCUGAAUUAAAUCUCAAUUAGUUUCAUCGUAGCGGCCGAAAAAUCAAUAGGUAAAAAUCAAAUAUUUAUAUAAUGAUUAUGGUGAUGCGGUUAAAAUGUGAUUUAUAGUUAAUGAAAUCGUUUAUAAGGACUUUUUAUUAAUCUCUACUUUUUCGCGAUUUUUAUAUUUUUCGGAUUUAAUUGAUUUUUGAAGAAUAACAUUUUACGAUAAUCGCUGCGAUAGUAUAUCAUUCACGUUAUUGACGUUAUUGUUUUCCAUUGUGUUUAUCGUUUUAUUCUAUCGGGAUAAAUUUUUUGAAAUCGUCAAAAUUGCGUACGAAAUGAUGAUAAAAACAGGUGCUCGCUUGUGAAUCAUAAUUUAUUUUUUCCAACUAUAUAUAUUUCAAUUAUUUAUCUCAAACGGAAAGUUUUAAUCUAAAAGAGCAUGAGCAUCGUUAUGUCACUUUAAUUGCGUGCCGCACUUUAAAUACUCUUGUUGAGCGGUUAUCUCGUUUCUCUUAAUCUAACGCGAAAAUCCUCAUCCCGUUUAUCUUAAACUUAACUGUGGGUUUGGCCGCUGGGGUGAGAAAUACAAAGAUAAUCUCUAAGAGACAGCUCUCUUCUUACGUAAUAAAAGGGAAGCUUUGUGCCUAAGGGUUAAAGCGGAGUGUGAGGCAGUCGUAUUACACGGUGUCUUAGAAGCAUGAAUUCCACGACGAAUUUCUGUGAGUCGACUUUUACCAGCCGCGAAACGAAUGAAUCCAGAAAGAAUGGACUUUUCAUACAUUUGUUGUAACAGUAUUUACAGUUGAGCUGUACACGUGUUAAAAAUGUUAAAUAGCUGCGUAAUGCUAACCGGCGAACCAAAGUAUCUCCAGCUCGAAAACAAAGAAAAAAACGUUCCCCGAUAAUUGGCGUGUAGCACAAAUGUUUUCAUCAUCGACUUGCGUCCAAAAUUAAUAAUUACAACAUCGUGUUUAACAACCGUUCUCUUAAAUAACAAGCAGGUCUCUCUCUCUUUUUUUUUUAUUGACGACAUAUAUUUAAUUGACGUGUUUCGGUAACUAAUACAAUUUAACGAUAUCAUAUUUUUAAAAUUUUUUACAUUUAAUAUUUUUAAUUGUUUUUUUUUUACGAUAUAACACGUCCAUCAAGAUAACGAAAUGAUACCAAAUGCAAUACAAUAUUGCUAGAUUUAAUUCCAAUUUAUUUAUAACAAUCGUAAUAAUCCUAAAGGAAAGCAAAACCAACAUAGUUCUUUUCGCAUGAUAAGCUUCUUUUGCACUCUAUAUCCAUAGGUAAGCGAAGUAAAAUAAUGUUACAAAUUUCCUGUUCGCAAGUACUUGAUUAGCCAGCAAUUUGUUUGAUUUAGCUCAGAAAUUAGUUUAUGCUUCGUAAUUUAGCAUCGGUACGGUUUAUUGUUGAAAUAAUACGGCACGCGUUGAGCAAUGAUUUGUACGACCAUGACGGAGCCAGUCGAGAAUUCUUAUCAUAUCUACGAAUGACGCGCGAAGAAGUCAAUAUUAUUAAAGAAAUUUCAGCGGCGACAGGUGAUCCCCGGAAUUCUUACGGUCUCUAAUUAAGAGCGCUUCGUGCGAGAAGGGUUGAAGUCACGAGUUCUCUCCGCUGAAAUUUUUCGGAUAAUUACGCCGUGACGUCUAGCGCGAUGCAAAUGUAAGAAUUAAAGCACAGUGAGUGUUGACGCAGAGAGACGCAAUUGAACGCGAGUGUGUCGCUAGAAGGAAGAGGGAUAGCGAGCAGAUAAAACAGGACUACAUUCCACGCCCUUUCCCCGACCAUAGUGUGAGGAAAGUGUUAAGUGUAAAAUAAAUGUGUAACGAGCAAGUUUAACCGAAGAGCGAUGUAAUAAAACGGGUGGACCGACCCCUCCACUCACCUCACCAGCGGCGAGGUACUUUCUACUUAUGGCAUAAGUGUUAAAUGAAAACUUAAAGAAAAACACGGAAGACACACGUACACACACAAUACACACACGUACAGAUAAUAGUAGAGAAAUGUAUGUAAACCACGCGACUUUACGGCUCGUAUGAUUUACACCCACGACUAGCCCGAAAUGAAAGAUAAAAAAAAAACAACUGUGUUUCCCACACCCGCUCACACCCUUCUCACUGUCUUGUUUUCACACGGUUCUCUUGCGAGAAAGCGCGCAUUCUUGUACAUAAUGUUUUACUCUUGUAAAUAAAUUACCCACACAACGUU